AUGAGCACGCGGACGUACAGCGACGCGGUCGACCACCUCAAUUCGCUCCAGUCCAAUGCUGCGACGCUCGAGGCGCUGAGGAUGGGCAAGAGCCGCAUGGACUCGCUCGCGAUACCGGAGAUGGUGGAGUACUUGGGGAGGAUAGGGUACACUCCAGAGGAUCUCAACACAUUAAAUGUCAUCCAUAUCACUGGAACGAAGGGCAAGGGGUCCACGUCUGCGUUCACGGAUUCCAUACUACGUCAUGCGAAGCACGAGUGGAAAGUCGGUCUGUACACCUCCCCGCACCUGGUCGCUGUACGAGAACGGAUACGCAUCAACGGUGCACCACUUUCUGAGGAUCAGUUUGCCAAAUUCUUUUUUGAUGUAUGGGAUAGGCUCGAGAAGAACGACAAGAGGGAACACCCCGAGACGUCUAACAUGCCUGCUUAUUUCCGCUUCGUAACGCUGGUUGCAUACCACGCCUUCCUCAGCCUCGGGGUCGACGCGACCAUCCUCGAAGUCGGGGUUGGAGGAAUGUACGACAGCACCAACAUAGUGCCCAAGCCGGUUGUCACUGGUGUAUCUGCGCUCGGGCUCGAUCAUACAGCUGUACUCGGGAAGACCAUCCAGGAAAUAGCAUGGCAGAAGGGAGGAAUCUACAAGGAAGGCGUUCCUGCGCUCACCGUGAACCAGCCCGAGGAAGGGUUCGAUGUGCUCAAGCAACGAGCACAGGACAAGAAGGCGUCCGAAUUCAUCCUCGUGCCUCUAACGCCAGGACUAUCUGACAUCAAACUAGGCCUCGCCGGUGCUCAUCAGUACCAAAACGCCGGCCUUGCCGUGCACCUCGCGAAGCACUUCCUGCACGCUGAGACAGACUGGCCUCUCGACGACACACUGCCGCCAUCUUUCGUUCAGGGCCUCAAGAACGCAAGAUGGCCAGGACGAUGCCAAACCGUCGUCGACCCGAAGCUCCCGCGCCUGACCUGGUUCCUGGAUGGUGCACACACUAAAGAGAGCCUUGAGUGCUGUAUGCAGUGGUUUGCGAGCCCGGAUGCCGCCCUGCAUCUCUUGUCAUCCUCAUCGAAGCCGUCGAGGGUACUGAUAUUCAACUGCACGAAUGGUCGGUCUGCGCACACUCUCCUGGGGGCCGCGGUCGCGAAGAUUGCUGCACAAUUGCAGCUGCACGGAAAGGAGAAGGACGCGAGCUCUUUCUUCGACCACGUCGUCUUCUGCACCAAUGUUACUUACGCUGACGGAGGGUUCAAGGGCGACCUCACUUCGAAGUCAAUACCAGAGAAAGAUCUUGCUCACCUGACGACACAACACGAGCUUGCCACAGCAUGGGCCUCUCUCAUCCCCUCGUUCCCCUCCCACCAUAUCCACGUUCUCCCCUCCAUCCAGCACGCUAUCAACCUCGUACACGACCUCCGCACCACAGACGAACAAUCAAAAGUAGACGUCCUCGUCUCAGGGAGCCUCCACCUCGUUGGUGGCGUCAUCGAAGUCGCGGGUCUGUCGGAGGUUGCGCUCUAA